AUGAACGCACACGUAAGGGGCACAAUUCCAAUUGCAUUGAGACUGGAGCCUCAUUCGUCAUCAACAGAUACAAACGAACGACCGUUCUCAUGUGAUUGCGGCCAACGUUUCACUAGACAUCUCUUCUGGGAUCCCAGUAUAAUGACCCAGGACAUGCUGCCGGCAUCACUGUUCGACGUCAAUUUUGAUCUCGCCACUUUGGAGCCUUUUCAAACGAGCAUAGAGGAACCCACAAAAAAGAGCAGAUUUGCUCGAUUCAGCUCCCGUCUGCCAAAAUUGGAUGACAUCGAUAGCAUUGUGCAUGAGAAAGAGGGUAGCGAAACGCUUGAAGCCAAUCUUGAUCUCGGAUCUCCCAAAUCUCAACCUUGGGCUCUGGAAAAUGCAUGCUAUGAGAGGCUUCUCUCGCAGGCGAUGGAAUUCUCUGCAGUACUACCAGAAGGAUUUUCAAUACCCAGUCAUAAUGUCUUGAUACGUUGCUUGGAGAAGUACAUGCGAUGCGCUCAUGAGUUUCUCCCCAUCAUUCAUUGUGCUACCUUUCGACCCGAAGAGAAGUACGUUGAAUUAGUUCUGGCCAUGGCUGCACUAGGCUCCAGAUACCUCUUCGAGCCAGGAGAGUCGUAUGAACUGUUCUUUCUUGCAAAAGCUAUCAUUCUCGAACGAUUGAGGCGUGAGGGGCUUCAGAAUGCAUCGGAUUUGUUGUUUGGGCAUGAUCCAACGGUCUUGAGCGAAAGCAAGAAGCUGGAAAGGCUCCAGGCAUUCAUUCUCCUUACCGAACUGGCUUCCUGGGCAGAUCAAAAGAUAUCCGCCGAUGGGCUCAUAAUGGCAGGUCAUGCGGCAAUCCUCGCUAGAGACAUCGGAAUUUCGGAGUCUGACGAACUGUCGCGCGACAUUGAUUGGUUGACUUAUGUGUCUCUCGAAGAGAGACGGAGAACAUUGUUUGCGACGUAUGUCAUAUCCAACUUGCAUAGUCUAGCCUUUGGCUCGCCUCCCUUGAUUCUAAACCACGAAAUCGGCUUGUGUAUACCAGGCUACGCUGCGCAGUGGCGGUCAACAAGUGCGGCUGAAUGGAAGCGGGUCUUGAAGCAGGAGCCUCGCCAACCAGAGAUUCAUUUCCAAGACAGGCUUCGUUGCCUUUUCAACGCUUUUGAUACCAUGGAAGAGCCGAGCACUUCAUCUUUCGCCAAUUACUUGCUUUUGCAAGGCUUAAUUCAGGAGAUAGAUCACGAAUCACACAGUUUCAGGACUACGGCAAGCAAUUGUACAGGUUCAAGCGAGGACCUGGAAAGAGCACUCCGCAGAUGGCAAGUAAUCUGGGAGAGGAUGAAAGAAUCAUCGUACGAUUCCGAACUCGAUCCUCUGUACUCGAAAGGACCUUUUGCACUCACCAGUGCGGCCCUCUUUCGGCUUGCCCAUAUCCGGCUUGCCACCGCCAGCAACCUGAGUAAAACACUUCUAAUGUCUCGAGACCCCCGGUGUAUGCUGCAAUGGAGAGACACAAAGUCAUUUAUUCGGUCUUCGCAGGUGCAUAGAGCAGUUAUACACGCCGCACAUUCUCUUAGCGUACCCGUGCGUUUGGGUAUCUCGUUCAUGAAGACUACAAAAACCGCCAUCUGGAGCUUGGAACACUCUAUAUGCAGUUUGGAAAGCGCAUUGUUCCUGAAGCACUGGCUUGACGCAAUUGCCAAAAUAGUACGUACAUCGGGGCUGGAUGCUCUCCAGAAAGUUGAGUCACAGAUGUUGGUCAUCAUCAAAGACGUGAUCAAGGGAACAGCAAUGGACAAUACUCUGCUCAUUCAUGAAGAGGACCCUGCAUUGCAGAUUGAGAGUCAACGUCCUCGAGAUUGAGAAUGUCAUUGGAGCUGGGCUACAAUUUCUGGCAGCAGCUGGAUCGAGUUCUUA